UGAAAAAUAGUCUCCACCCAAUUUACCAAAUCCCCCUUCCUCUCUAACCCUUUCCUCUUCCCCUGUUCUCCCCUGUCUCAGUCUCCGCCGCCAACUCCGCCACCGCCAACUCCCCUCCUUCCAUCUCCGGCAACAAUGGGGAAAGGCGGUGCUCUCAGCGAAAGCGUCGUAAAAAAAAUCCUCCUCUCCUACGCCUACGUAGGAAUAUGGAUCUUCCUAAGCUUCACAGUCAUCGUCUACAACAAAUUCAUCCUCGACAAAAAGAUGUACAAUUGGCCAUUCCCAAUCUCCCUCACCAUGAUCCACAUGGGUUUUUGUUCUUCUUUGGCCUUCAUAAUCAUCCGCAUCUUCAAGCUCGUUGAGCCAGUUUCCAUGUCCAAAGAACUCUACAUCUCCUCUGUUCUCCCCAUCGGCGCUCUCUACGCCUUCUCCCUUUGGCUCUCCAAUUCCGCCUAUAUUUUCCUCUCCGUUUCCUUCAUCCAAAUGCUUAAAGCCCUUAUGCCCGUCGCCGUCUACUCCAUCGGUGUUCUCUUCAAAAAAGAGCCUUUCAAAUCCGAUACUCUGUUUAACAUGCUCUCGAUUUCAUUUGGGGUCGCCGUCGCCGCCUACGGCGAGGCUCAAUUCAAUGCUUGGGGGGUUUUUCUUCAAUUGGGUGCUGUUGCUUUUGAAGCUACAAGACUUGUUAUGAUUCAAAUUUUGCUUACCUCUAAAGGGAUUUCUCUGAAUCCCAUUACUUCUCUGUAUUACGUUGCCCCCUGUUGUUUUGUUUUUCUUUUGGUGCCGUGGGUGUUCGUGGAAUACCCAAUUUUGCAGGAGACUUCUAGUUUUCGGUUCGAUUUUUUGGUUUUUGGGACUAAUUCUUUCUGUGCUUUUGCGUUGAAUUUGGCUGUGUUCUUGCUUGUCGGGAAGACUUCGGCGUUGACGAUGAAUGUUGCCGGAGUUGUUAAGGAUUGGUUGUUGAUUGCUUUUUCGUGGUCGGUGAUUAAGGAUACGGUGACUCCGAUCAAUUUGUUUGGAUAUGGGCUUGCGUUUUUGGGAGUUGCGUAUUAUAAUCACUCGAAAUUACAAGCGUUGAAAGCCAAGGAAGCGCAGAAGAAACCGGCAGCGGCCGAUGAGGAGGCCGGAAGAUUGUUGGAAGAGAAAAACGCCGGCGAUGGAACGGCGAAGUGAAGUGAAUCACAGAAUUAAGUAAAAAGAAAAAAGAAAAAGUUAGAGAUGGAUUCAAUUUCUCGGUUGGUAUGUAUUAUUCUAUGUUGAUUUUUAGAUUAAUGUUUACUAUGAUGUGAUUUUAAAGUUGCAAGAAAAGGAAAAAUAAAUGACGUGAAAAUGAAAUUCAUCCUUCGUACUAA